UUUCCCGACUGUCAUAUCUCCAAAUCAUAAAUCAGAGAUCAGCAGCGGUUAUCUUUCCUUGUUGGCAUUAUUACAGUCUUAUCACAGCAUUUCCUCAGCGUUGCAAAAAAGCUAAAUCUUUGUUGAGAACACCAAAACAUUCCAGUUUCCGGUGAUUAUCAUCCAAGAAUACAGCGGAUAAGCACAAGUGUUCAGAUUUAUGCAAACCGUGAUUUACUUCUGGUUUUGAGUUUGAUGUACAAUCUAUUUGAUGGUCAAACUGCUUUCGGUGACAUGCUUCUCUUCCUGGCUCAUAAUGACUCCGUUUCUAAUGCACUGACGGGAAACAAGAUUUUGAUAGGCUGUUUGGUCGGUCUCCUUUCCUCUGCGUGUCAGUCUAUUGGCCUCAUUCUUCAGAGAAAGUCGCAUCUGGCGAGUGAAUCCGUGGCUGGGAGCGACAAUCAACUAUCUGCAUACAAAAGGUCGUUGUGGCAUCUAGGAUUUCUGUUGUUCAUCAUCUCUAAUGUCUUUGGCUCUACAAUUCAGCUUUCAACUCUUCCUUUGAUUGUUCUAAGCCCUCUGCAGUCGAUAGGUUUGGUGUUCAAUACUGUAUUUAACACUUUGAUCUUACAUGAGGAAUUUACUCGACACUCUUUUUAUGGAACUGUAUUGGUUGGUGUUGGAGCAUUUUUGAUCGCUCUAUGCGGCGGAGGUAUUGGUGAACCAGAAUAUGACCUUGCUGACUUCAUCGUCCUCUUGAGUCAAAAGGAGUUCGUUGUUUGGACAAGUGUGGAAUUUGGGAUAAUUACGCUCAUACUUUCUUGGACAAUCGUAUCUUCAUAUGAAAUUUCUCGCCAAUCGAGACAAGGUCAGCCCAGCCCUUGUAUACAAUUCUUUCACGUAAUCGAUGCGAAUGUUAAAGAACAUCUCAGAAAUGUUCAGGAAAACACGUCAAACAGUGAUUCAAAUUUUCAGUUUUCAGCUAAUAUAUUCAAGGAAAAGGUGCUCCAGAUUGUUUUAUGGAUUGUUCAGUGCAACACGUAUCUUUACAAAGCUCUAUUUGCAUUCCCCUUGGCGACUAUAAAAUCAAUCCAAGGGAUAUCAUAUGGAAUUACUUCCGGUAUACUCUCCGCUCAGUCUUUAUUGCUCGCAAAAUCUGCAAUAGAGAUAACCCUUUUAACUCUUUCCAAUCGUAACGUGAAACAGUUGAAUAAUUCAAUGGUUUACCUGCUGGUGCUUGUUUUUCUAGUGCUGUGUUUGUCUCAAUUAUAUUUGCUGAACCAGGGACUGAAACUUAUUAGCACUUCCAUCCUAUACCCAUUAGUAUUUUGUGUUUACAAUAUCUCAAGCAUAUCUAAUGGGCUGACAUUUUAUAGGCAGUGGUCCCAAUUUCUUGGAGCAGCUGGAUUUUUCAUAUUUUUGGGGACGGUUUUGGUUGUGUUUGGCGUAUUCAUCUUGAGUGGAUCAUCCAGCCAAGCAGAAACUCGGUAUUAUGGCUCUUCCAGAUCCAAGUCUCCGAUCAGCCUGCCUUUAAUGGACUCAGAAGUUCAAGAGUAUCAAAGUAUAACUCAAACAACUCCCAAGUCAAAGCAUAGCAGAAAGUUGUCUCUCAAGGAGGGAGUUAUAUCUUCUAUGUUUUCAUUGACAGACCCAUCAGAUCCCGAGAGUCCGUAUUAUGAACCACUGUGUGCUGAUAUGUCACCAUCUGGACUUUCAAACAGAUCUUUGCCGGUGGACCUGAUAAAACCAAUUAUCAAAAAAACAGGGAUGAAUAUCAAUAACGCUAGCAGAAAAGUAUCAGGAUUUUUUAGAAAGUCCAUUGACAACAGACAAAUGACGCAAACGAGCUCAUCUGAUCAAUCAUACAAUCAAGAUCCGUGCGCAAUCUCCUUCGAAAAUUACGGGGAAAGUCCUCAAAGAUUUGAUGCAUGCUUUAAACAAACGCAAUAUGUGUCGUUCGAUUCUCUAAAAGAGUUCAAAAAUCAGAAUGCGAUUACAUAUGCAUCCGAAACUCUCAAGGACGGGUCUAAAACAACCCCUAGAGGAAAGAAACGAUUACCCGACAUUCGUGAAUCUGGCUUUAGUUCGAUAAGCUAUGUCCCAAUCUCGGAGAAUUCUCAACUGAGAACAAAUAUGCCAAGUGAUUAUCAUGGCACUCGACUGCAUUCCGAUAAAUCUGAUAGCCCCACGAAGCAAAGGAGAAGGUCAAAAAUCAGAGAAGGAUGGCUUUUGGAAAGCGAAGGGUCCCCUAGAACUCUGACCCACGAAAACCAAACUCAAGAUACAACUAUAAGCGAAUUUGAGUCUACGAAGCAUGUAGAUUCCAAUUCUCUGCCUUCAGAUGAUGAGUACAAUCCUCACAAUGCUUUCAAUUUUUCGCUAAAUAAUACGAUUGAUGAGAUACAAAAUCAGCUCAACGGAAACUCGCAAGAAGGGGCAACAUAUAGAAGUCCAAACUCGACCAGAUCUCUGUUUGACAGUAUUGAUAAUGAUCAAAAGAACCUGGUUUUAGGUUCGAAUCAAACAGAUCCAAGAACAACUUUUGCCGCAAAAGCAAGUACAUAUCCUAGUGCACCAAGUGCGCACAACAAGCUUUUUGGCACGAACAAUAAACUGCAUAGCUCUGUGGAAAACUCGAAAAGAGUCUAUUCUUACGAACAAAAACGGGUACAUGAAGAACUCACACAACCCUAACUCUGCCUUCUUGCUACAUACUUUAGCUUAUGUCAUCCUCGUUAACGACGAAAGCCCCGGAGAGCGAUAAUGCAGGUUCGUCGAUGUUGUUGUGCUGAUAACUGAGGACGCCAACCCCCCCAGCGUCUAAAAUAAGCUGGGGAUUUUGGUUGAUCUCUCUCUUCAACCAGCGGGCGGCAAAACACCUCAGAAUAUGCCCGUGGCCGACAACAAGUACAUCACAAGCUUCACCUGCUUCUAAUGCUUUUCUGUGUACUGUACGAAUCCGAUCUAUCACGGUGUCCACUCUUUUUGUAAUCUGCAUAUAGUCUUCUCCGUUUUCACAACCCUUAGACCAGAUAUCCCAAUCAGAUCCAAGACCUCGACUUUCCCUCAAUUCUAGUAUUUCAUUUGUUUUCAGGCCUUCAUAAUCACCGUAGUCCCAUUCCCUGAUAUCAUUGUCAAUAUCAAAUUGGAUGUGUGCCUUUUCAUCGGAAGAUAAUGAUUCUAGUAGGAGAUCACGAGUGUGAAUCGCUCUGGUUCUGGGAGAGCUAAUGACCAGUUUUAGAUCUUGUGCCUGAAUGAGGUUUGAGGAACUGGUCCCAAUCAGCGCCACGCCAGUUGCCUUCAUUUGCUUGAUGCCAUAUUCUGUUAAAUCGAGAUCUGUGAUUGAUGUAUACUGUCCUGAUUUGGACCAAGAAGUUUGGCCAUGACGAAUAAUUAUACACCGGGGCGUUUGAGCGUGAGAUCUCAUGAUAGACUUUUCUAGCUUUGUG